CACCACAACCACUACCACCGCCAUGACUGCCCAACUCCCUUGCGACGGAGAUGGAAUUUGUAUGGCCUGCAAAUCAACACCACCAGAAGUAGAAACCCUAGUAUGUAAAACUUGUAUUACUCCAUGGCAUGUCAAUUGUCUAUCAAAACCACCAGAAUCAUUAUCAUCAACUCUUGAAUGGGAUUGCCCUGACUGUUCCAAUGUACUCAUUCAUAAUCCCAAUUCUGGUGCUGGUCCAUCAUCAUCAUCGCCGAAUCCUUCUUUGAAUCAACUUGUGGGUUUAAUUUGUGCUAUUGAGAAUGACUCUACACUUACUGAUCACCAGAAAGCGAAGAAACGGCAGGAACUAAUCAGUGGGAUUAAAGUCUCGGAUCCUUGUGAAAAUGAAGAUGAGAAGAAGAAGAAGAUGAAGAAGAAGGAGAGUGAUGUCAAGGAUAUUUUGCAUGAUAAGCUUAUGUGUCUCAUUUGCAUGCAAUUGCCUCAUAAACCUGUUACUACUCCUUGUGGUCACAAUUUCUGUUUAAAAUGUUUCGAGAAAUGGGUAAACCAGCAACCACGAAAACAAAAUUGCCCCGAGUGUCGCAGUAAAAUUCCUGACAAUAUGGUGAAUCAACCAAGGAUUAACUCUGCCCUUGUCGUUGCAAUUCGUAUGGCAAAGGCGAAAGAGAAUAGUGGUUCAGGGUCUCACCGCCACUUUGGACGAACACCUGCUGAAAAUGAUCCUAUGAAUCAGGGUAUUGUAUUAGUAGGGGAGUAUGGUGCAAAAUCUGUGGCUUUAUCAGGGGACUAUGAAGACAAUGACAACCAUGGAGACUGGUUCCUUUACACCGGAAGUGGGGGAAGGGAUCUCAAUGGCAUUAAUCAAUCGUAUGAGAAAUCUAAUGAAGCUCUGCGUGUCAGUUGCCUGGGAGGAUACCCAGUCCGUGUGGUGCGGUCUCACAAGGAGAAGCGCUCGUCAUAUGCUCCACUAAAUGGGCUGAGAUGCGGAGUUUACAGAAUAGAAAAAUGUUGGCGAAAAAUUGGGAUUCAAGGGCAUAAAGUCUGUAGGUAUCUCUUUGUUCGGUGUGACAAUGAACCUGCUCCUUGGUCGAGUGACAAUCAUGGGGACCGUCCAAGACCUCUGCCUGUUAUUAAGGAGCUUAAAAGGGCAACCAAUAUUACAGAUAGAAGGGAAAGUCCAUCGUGGGAUUAUGAUGAGGAAGAUAGCUUCUGGAAAUGGAAAAAACCUCCACCUAAUACUACUACUACUGCUGCUGCUGCUGUAUCAUGUACAACUACAACAGAAAGUGAGCGUGGGAAUAAUUUACUGACAGCAGAGGAAGUUGCUGUUUGUGAGGGAAUGAAGAUAACAAUGAUAAUGCUGCAGGUCUUAGAUAAAGAAGAUGAUGAUAGUAAUAAAGAACCUGUGCAAACAGAAACUUCUGAAGAUUUAGAGAGAGCACGGAAAAAGGCGCAGAAUAAGUCAUACAGGAAUCAGCUUCUAAACGCAUUGAAAUGUCAACUUUGUAGGGAAGUGAUGAAUAGUCCUCUGACAACACCCUGUGCUCACAACUUUUGCAAGCCUUGUUUAAAGAGUGUUUUUGCUGGUAAAAGUUCUGUCCGAAAGAGAUACUUUUGUCAGGGAAGAUCACUUCGAGCACAAAAGUCAAUAAUGAAGUGCCCGUCUUGCCCAAUGGACUUAUCUGAGUUCCUUCAAAACCCUCAGGUUAACAGAGAGCUGAUGGCUGUCAUAGAAGAUCUCCAACGCCAGGCUGAGGAGGAGAAUGAUGAGGACUUUAGUGAAGAGACCGGGGGUUUCGAUAAGCCUGAAAACAUGAUUGGAGUCGCUAAAGAUAGAAGUGACAAUUCUGACAUGUUGGAUGACAUUUUAGAAAUUGGGGGGGAGCCUAAGCAGAUGAACAAACGCUUGAAGACGAAAGGUUCAGUCUUAACAGCAAAUGCAGAAAAAUCUGAGUUUAAGAGUAAUGAAUCUUUGGAGGAGAUGAAACUUGAUGUUGCAGAAGAUCUCCAAUUCCAGGCUGAGAAGGAGAAUGAUAAGGACCCAAGUGAAGAGACCGAGGAUUUCGAUAAGCCCGAAAACAUGAUUGGAGUCGCUAAAGAUGGGAGUGACAAUUCUGACAUGUUGGAUGACGUUUUAGAAAUUGAGGGGGAGUUUAAGCAGAUGAACAAACGCUUAAAGACGAAAGGUUCAGACUUUUCAGGAAAUGCAGAAACAUCUGAGUGUAAGAGUAUUGAAUCUGUGGAUAAAUUGAAACUUGAUGUUGCAAACGGAGGCAAUGUUGUGACAAAAGACGCAGUAAAGGAAAUGGUUAAAACUUCAAGAACUCUUACCGCUGAGCCCAAACCUAAACGUGGUAGUGGAGGCGAUUGCUUGCCAAAGCCUGAACCAAAUAAAAGAGGUCGCCAGAAGAAAACCAAGGAGACAGCAGUGGCUGUUGUUGCAGAUGAAGUUCUGAAGAUGGUCAGGAGAAAAGAGAUGACUGGUGGGGGUGAUAACUCUACAACUACUGGCACAUCUAGCAACCACCUGACUGUGAGCAGAAGUUUAGUAAAAAGAUCUACAGAUGUGAACAAGAUGAAGACUCUUCAUGCUAUGCCUGCUCUUAUUGUUCCAGACUCGUUUUCUACUUCUACCACCAGUGUCACUGGUGCUGCAGAAGGUGUAGCAAUUGAAAAGGAGAGUGAAAAUAAACGCCAUGGAGUAGGAAAAGAAGAAGAAGCAACAGACCAGCACAUAGAAGAGAGAGAUCAUGAUGAUGAUGAGCAUGCACCAGGUUUCAUAUUUUUGUGCAGUGCCGAGACAAAACCGGAAAUCUUUAAGUACAGUGUUUUUGGACUCCCUCUUGGGAAAAUGUAUGUCGUAGAGAACAUAAAUCCGGGUGCAAUGCUUUUUCUCUUCGAUGUUAACCUAAAGCUUCUUCAUGGUGUAUAUAAAGCUACAUUUAGAGGAGAGCGUGACUUGGAGCCAGCUGCUUUUGGAGGAAGAUUUCCCGCACAGGUGAGAUUCAAUAUUUUCAGGGAAUGCUUACCUUUGCCUGAGAGUGUUUUCAGACACGCUAUCAAAGAAAACUACCAUGGUGGUACAAAGUUCCAACAAAAGCUCAGUAACUGUCAGGCAAAGAAACUUUUUUCUCUGUUUCAUCCCAUUGGUUGUCCACCAGAGUCUGUGCUUGGGGCUCCACCAAGACAGUCACCUCCAGUUAAAAUCUAUCAGAAUCGACAACCAUCAAGGUUGCCACCACCAAAUGAUCCAUAUGCUUCAACGGCAUUUCACCGUGCUCAUGGUACUCCACCUCCCAUGUCUGGAUAUACUGCUCAAAAAACUAGGACUAACCCAUAUUUUGGAAUGGAAGCGCGCAGCACAUACUCGCCUGGAAAUGCAUUGAUACCUGCUCAUAAUCCUUACACCAGGUACAGAGCUGCACCAGAUGUGGCAAGUCAGGGAGCAAAAGUUGGCGAAAAUGAGUACAAUCCUCAAUUACUACCAGUGGAGAGGAAAAGAGAGCAGGAAAAACAACUCACUCAACAAUUUGGUUGUUCAAGUUAUUACUCUACGCAUCCAUCACAUGCAGCAGCAACAACAUAUCCCAUUGAGCCAUUUCAUGGUUUUCCUGAAACACAACACUCUGGGUCAUCAUACGUGCCAUUACGUUAUCCUCCAAGAUUAGUCAAUGAUGCAUCAUUUCAUGCUCUUCCUCCGCCACAUCAUACUCCACAAACUUCAAUGUAUAAUGCACCAGGUCAUGCUCUUCCUCCAUUACAUCGCACUCCUCCCUCACUAUCAUAUGAUCCUUUACGUCAAGCUUAUGUUCCUGCAGCAUCGCAUAGUUCUACUUAUUGGGCAGCAGUAGCUCGCGAGCACCCAAACCAGGUUCAUAUAUGAUCCUCACCAGAAUCCUGAACCAUGUGUGUACCAGUACGGAAGGGUCUUCUAAUGAUUCACACCCAGGUGCUACUCCAGCAUGCAGUUAACCGGCACACAAGGUAACUGAUUUUGCUGGCAUAAUAUGGGUCUCCUUACUUCGCAUCCCCACCCCAGCUAACUUAACCUGCUUGAACUGUAUAUACUUGAGCGCUGCUCCAGUAACUUGAGACUAGAAUUUAGGGAAUACUGGAUGUAGUCAUUUUGAUCGGGAACUGUGACAGAAUACCAAAACAGCAGUGUAAUACUCCAACGGAAUGAAGAUUUUAUUUAUCUUUGAUCGUAUUCUUGAAAACU